AUGGACGGCAAAUUUUCAGCAGAGGAUCUGUUCCGAAUCAAGAAGGAAACAGAGGGACAGAGACAGCGAGAGCGAGAAAAAAGGAGGAUACAUUCACCGAAAGUCACUGAAAAAGACAACAAUGCUGGCGACUCAGAGAUCGAGCCAGACACUGAUGAAAGUAGCGAUUCGGAAGACGAAUCAGACAGCGACGAAAGCAGCGAUUUAGAAGGCGAGACGGAUGUCGAAGAGGACAUCCCAACCAAGCGGGUCACGCACGAAACCAUAUUAGUCAAUGGCAAACCUGUCCAGAAGACAAACACACUCAGGCACAAAGCUACUGCCGGCAAGAAUUUCCAAGACGAGCGCGCUUCGUGCACAGAAAGCUAUACUACGACGGAACAUCAUAACGAGAGCGAUGAAGACGUCUCAUCACACUUCAAUGCUGCUGCAAAGCACGCCGGAACCGAUUAUGCUCGUACACUUGAUAUGCAUAGAAUUCUGCAUGAGCAAGCGCUGAUGUCGAUGCCAUCGAAUCACAUCCGGGAUUUCAUGGCGAACACCAACAAGUUGAUGGAUGGUGAGAACCAUAGGAACAAGUCGAUCCAAAGAUCUUCAUCUGGGGCGAAGAAAUCUCACAAAAAGAGAACGUUAGGAAGGGGCAAAUGAUUGAAUUUACAACUAAGAUUGGCAGUACAGAAUAAAGACAUGUUUCCCAGACCCAUAGUUCGUAUUCCCCAAACAAUGUCAUUCACGAUCUGUGACUGCGAGAUACCUGGGAUAGGCUGAAUCGUAUGGCAGACCUCAUCGCGUGACGUGUCUGCCAGUCCCAUUCCGUCCAAAUUCUUUGUCUGGAUCUUGCCGGAAGAGUUUUAGUGUAUUGCCCUUCGUCAUCUGAGCCUAGGUAUGGGUGUACUAUCUAGCAUCGAUUCUCAGUCUAGCCACACCCGGUUUCUCC